AUGGACAACAACAGGGUGAACAAAAAUGGUGACAAUGACAUUAAUAAUAAUCAACCAGCAGUCGGUGGGGCUGAACUUAAUCCAAUGCAGCGGGCAGUGCGUGACUUUUGCAUGCCCGUUGUGAAUGAAAAUCUCACUGGAAUCGCAAAUCCAGCCAUUGGUGCCAACAACUUUGAACUGAAACCUGCACUAAUCAACAUGGUGCAGCAAAAUCAGUUUGGGGGUUUAGCUACUGAAGACCCCAACAUUCACUUGGCCAUAUUUCUAGAGGUGUGCGCCAUAGUGAAGAUGAAUGGUGUUACUGACGAUGCCAUCAGAUUGCGUCUUUUCCCCUUCUCCUUGAGGGAUAGAGCCAGGAGGUUAAAUGCUCCAAUACGAACAAUAGUUGAUGCUGCUAGGGGUGCUCUACUAGCCAAGACAGCUAAUGAAGCCUUCACUUUGAUGGAGGAAAUGGCUACCAACCAUUACCAGCGGCCCAAUGAGAGGUCAGGCCCAAGAAAAGUUGUUGGGUUAUAUGAAGUUGAUCAGAUGACAGUCAUGCAUGCCCAAAUUGCUGCUUUACAAACCUAA